AUGAGUUAAUCAUUAAACCAUAGAAUUGGAAAAGAACAUUAAAUUGAUAUUGCUGAAAAAAGAAUUCGUAAUUUAUUUAAUGUAGACAUACUACGAAAUGUUCAAAUUAGAAGAUCUUAAUUUCUAAAUUAGAUUCAUCCAAAUCCUAAAUCUCUUAUUUAAGAAGGUUUUACUGUACAUACUUUACCCCUUAGAAACUGUGAUAUUAUGAAAAUACAUAACUAUCCUAAGUAGAAGUAAUAUAAUAGCUAAUUAUAAACAUAAAAUGAUCUAACUCCUUAAAUUACAUAAGUUAAAAUACAAAGAAUCAUGACAAGUGCUAAAAAAGAUAGAUAAACCAAUAUUUCCAUUGAUAAUCAUUCUAAUACUGUAGCCAAAAUGCCAGCUUUUUAUACUAAACAUUAAUGUAUCAUAUUAUUAAGUUGAGCCAACAGU